CAUCAUCGUUUACCCAACUAGCCACCAUGACCGCGCUCAGCCUUCCCGACUAUGACACUCUCCCGCCGGUCGAGGGCAUGCCCAAGGGCUGCGCGUGGGGUGUUUUCGACAAGGACGGGAAGAAGGACAUUUACGGGACGCUGAACCUGCUGACGCCCGAGGCCAUCAAGGAGGCCGCCGCCGAGGUUCGCGACGGUGUUUCCAUCUCUCUCAAUUGGCCGUUGGAUAGCAUGAACAAGUUCGCCAUCGAGGGACGCAAGCAGACGGUUCACACCGUGCACUCCCUGCAGGCCACCGGCUUGAGCAACGGACUCGGCUGGGACGAUGAGCUGGACUUCAACACCCAGGGGAGCAGCCAGUGGGAUAGUCUCGUCCACUGGCAGCACCAGGAGACCGGCCUGGCCUACAACGGCUUCAAGCCGACCCAGGGCGAGCUCUCGGCGGCCUCGACGGCCGACAACAAGAUGCCGACCAUCGACCACUGGCACGAGCGGGGAGGGGUGGUCGGCCGCGGCGUACUCAUCGACUACAAGGCCUACGCCGAGGCCAAGGGGAUCGACUACCACCCCCUGGACGGAUACCGCAUCACCGUCCAGGACAUCGAGGCGGUGGCGGUGCACCAGGGCGUCGCGUUCAAGCAGGGCGACAUCUUCAUCCUGAGGACGGGCAUCACCGCGAUCAUCGACACACCCGAGCCGGCGGACCUGGCAAAGAUGGCGCAGAGGAAGCUGUCGGGCGUGCACGGCACGGAGGAGACGGCCCGGUGGUUCUGGAACAGGCACUUCGCCGCCGUCGCCGGCGACGCGAAUGCCUUCGAGGCCCUGCCCCCGCUGGACGCCGACGGUGCCGAGGCGCCCAUGACCAGUCUUGUCUUGCAUCCCUAUUUUCUGAGCCUUUUCGGCAUGCCCAUCGGCGAGCUGUGGGACCUGAGCCGUCUCUCGGCGUACUGCAAGAAGACGGGUCGAUAUACCUUCUUGCUUACCUCUGCUCCGUUGAACGUCUCUUGCCUGGUCGGGUCUCCGCCAAACGCUUUGGCGAUCUUUUGAAGUGGAAAAAAACGAAGAAGGAUUCGCUGUAGAGAAACAAGUCAGCCCUGGUGUUUUUGUGUGUGUUGACGUGAGGAUAGUUGUGCGGCCGUGAAAAUUUGCUAAUGGGUGACUCGACAACUCUGUGAGGUUUCCGGGGGUUGUUUCUACCUCCCUGUCAUUUGACGGACUGAAGGGCUCAAAUGUUGCCUGAGAAGUUUGCUCACUUCACCGGGACGAACCCAACAUCCAAGUACACUUCAGAUUUAAUGGUUGAGAGCUAGAACAACUACACAGAUAGGUAUUCACUGGUUUUUCAAAGUCUCGAGGCGGCAGUAGUUGAAUACAAGACGAUUCUAUACGUCGUUUAUGCAAUGUACGAUUUACAUGUAUAUAAGAUGCUGGCAGCGAUGACCGAAGAACAGUUGCGCCUGCUAACUCCUAAUGGAAGUGGAACAAUCAUUAUCGUUAAAAGCUAGGUAUUGUGAACAUGCUGGUGCUUACGGUCCCUCCUCUAACACCUGUAGCAAUUCUAGGACAUCCCGAAACAUCCAAGUCCCAAGCCCGAUCCUCUCACAUGCUAAUCGC